AUGACCUGGUCCUCCUCCUCUCCCUCCUUCCUCAUCCUCCUCCUCUUUUACGUGUUCAUCCUCCUCCAGCUGCCCUGGGUCACACUGGCCCCCUGUAGGACUGCCACCCGUGCUGAAUGCCGCCACCAGCAGGCAUUUGUGCCAGGCUGGGAACUGGCUGGGGAGGGUGUGGAUGUCACCACCCUUCGCCGAACAGGCUACUUCCCCGUGAAUGGCCACAGAUUUGAACGUCCCGAUGGCACCUGUACCCUGUGCCAAAAUGAUAUGCAAGACGGACAGCUCCAGCGCCUUCCCUUGGCCAUCACAGACUGGCACAGCCAGAGUGCUAGCUGUGAGCGAAGUGUAGCCAAGACCGAGGCCACCUCCGUCAUACAAGUGGCCGCCGAGGCUGCCAAGAGGAUCCAGAAUGACUGGAAGGUGGGUCUGGAAGUCGAGCCAAAGCCUAACAUCAAGAGCCAAAUAGCCAUAGCUGCAUCCCACUCGGAGGCAGCCCAGUUUGCAGCUGCAAAGACCCACGAGGAUGAGUACAGUUUUACCAUGGACUCGGUGCAAUGUCGUUACUACAGAUUUCACCUGGUAGAGAAACCCCCACUGAAUCAAGAGUUCCUUCAGGCUGUCAGGGCUCUGCCCCACAAAUUCAAUGCCUCCACUAGCGCUGACUACCAUCGGUUCAUCGCCAAUUAUGGCACCCACUUUCUCAAGUCCGUGGAGCUGGGGGGCCGGGUCACAGAUAUCACUGCCCUUCGAACGUGCAAGUUGGCUCUGAAUGGGCUCAGAGCCAAUGAGGUAAGCAUCUGCCUUGCCGUGGAGGCAGCCGUGACUGUGGGUAAGGCUGUUGCCUCGUCAGAUAUCAAGAAGUGUGAGGAAGAAAAGAAGGACCACAACAUCCAGGGCUCCUUCCAUACUACCUACAGAGAGCGCAAAGUAGAGGUCGAGGGAGGAAAACUGAAGGAUGGCUCAUCUGAUCUGCUCUUCGCAGAUCAGGAUGGGAAAGAGAAAUUCUCAGAAUGGAUGGACACACUCCCCAGUAAGCCCGGACUGUUGGCCUAUAGCCUGGAACCCCUGCACUUCUUACUGGGGUAUAAGAAUCCCUGGAGGGAGGAGUUAAGAAAAGCUGUGAGCCAUUAUGUGAACAGCAGAGCCCGGUGGCAGGACUGCAGCAAGCCGUGCCCUCCAGGGAAGAAGAAAAACCCCAGAGACCCAUGUCAUUGUGUGUGCCAGGCAUCAGCCUUCACCAAUGGUGACUGCUGCCCCAGGGAGAGGGGGCUGGCCCAUGUGGAGGUGACCAACAUCCGUGCCAAGCACCUGUGGGGAGAUCACUUCACAGAGACUGAUGCCUACAUCAAGGCAUUCUUUGACAACAAGGAGCUGAGGACGCCCGUGGUGUGGAACAGCAACAAUCCCAUGUGGCACACAAAGCUGGACUUUGGGACCGUGCAGCUGAUGACCGGGGGCCCCUUAAGGAUGCAGGUGUGGGAUAAAGACCACGGCUGGGAUGACGACCUUCUGGGUUCUUGUGACAAAAUGCCAGAGGCAGGGGAAAGGUGGGAGCACUGCCACUUCAGUCAUGGCUUCCUAACGUUCCAUUACAAAGUAACGUGCACCCCCCAUCUCCAGGGGAUCACAUGUGAGGAGUAUGCCCCUCGUGGAGCCCUUGGGGAGCCGGCGGGAAACCGGAGUGGAGCCGUGUGGUAAAAUUCCAAGAAGAGGGGCAAAUGGCAGGAAGCAGGUGGGAAGUGAAUCAGUUGGUUUAUGCUGCAUUGAGACCCGUCAUUCCUAAAAGUGGCCUUGGAACAGAGCCAGAAGA